CAGAAAAAAGAAAAAGGCUGAUAUUCAAUUAAAAGCAGAUUUAAUGAAGUUUGUUUGAUUAACUGGAUGAUUUGACCAGAAAUCUGUGAUUUGUUUUUAAUCUUUGGCUCCGAUCAGCCGCAGCCUGAGCAGCUGAAAGCGUUUCCUCCAUGAAUCCAGUCGGUUCUCUGCGGCGCUGCUGCAGAUAAGUCCCCCCAACCCAAACCGCUGCAGCACAAUCUGAGACGUGCCCACAUUAAAUCACAGACGUCACCUCUCUGGAUCGGCGGUGGGAACCAGAACCUUUGUUAUGGUUUCCUUUUUUUUGGGGGGGAGUUUUAACACAAACACAACAACAUUAAUUAGCCUCAAAGCGACUCCUGCCGACUGUUUAAAGUUGUUUUUUCUCCCAGGGAAGCAGGCAGCAAAAUGUGUGUUUAUAGUUUCCCUUCUGUGUCUGCAGGAUUAUGGUAAUAACAGGCUGCCGGGCCCUGCUGGUGGGCGGGCCGGUCCGCGGACCCUUAUCAGUGUGUUGCAGUGGCCCAUUCUUCACCUUGAUUCGCAGCUCAGCGACUUUAUCACCAAAACCAGAACGAGGACGCUUCCAAAGGCACGAACGAUCCCAUCGGCGUUCUGCAGGACCGCCCAUGUUAUCAGGAACGAUCGGCGAUGAGCUCUUAUCUUCACGCUCGGCGUCUCCCUCCAGAUUCUGCAGAAGACGACCCAAAAGCGACGCUCGCAGGUGAGGGGCGGCGGGCUUCUGCGGCGCUGCAGGUGUGACGCACCCGCCGUCAGCUCAUCAGAUAAGAACGCUGCUCUGCGGCGCCGUCAGAGCUGCUGGUGACCUUCAGGCUGGAGAGCAGAACCAGCUUCCUGAAUGGUUCUCAGAUCAGAGACGGGCUGCAGGAUGGGCUGAAGCUGUCCGGUUUCCAAGGAGACGGCAUGCGGAGGGGUGGUUAACCCGCCCGCUCCGUCUUCUCAUUCCUCAGAUGCUCCGAGCAGCCCGCUGGAGCCUGUGCUGAGGAAUUAUCUGCUGUCGGCUGGGACGUCCCCCCCCCUCGCGACUCAGCCAUGCUGUCCGGCGCCGUUCAGAUCCUGGCGUUCGCCCUGGCGCUGCUGGGCGUCCUGGGCGCCACCGUGGCCACGCUGCUGCCCAACUGGAAGGUGAGCAUCAGCGUGUGGACCAGCAUCAUGACCCCCAUCUCGCAGAUGCAGGGUCUGUGGAUGGACUGCGUGUGGUACAGCUCCGGUGUCUUCAGCUGCACCAUGAAGAACUCCGUGCUGUCGCUGCCGCCGUCGCUGCAGAUGAUGCGGGCCGGCAUGGUGCUGUCCUGCAUGGUGGCUGCGUUUGGACUCUGCCUCGCCUCCCUGGGGCUUAAGUGCACUCGGUGGGGGGGGAGCCACCGAGCGAAGGGGCACACGGCCAUCGCCGCGGGGGGCUGCUUCGUCCUGGCCAGCUUCCUCUGUCUGGUUCCGGCGUCGAUGUUCACCAACGAGGUCAUCACCGCCUUCCUGACCACGGAUCUGCCGGACAGCAGUAAAUACCAGCCCGGCGGAGCUCUGUGCGUCACCUUCAUCUCCGCUGGCUUCCUGCUGGCUGGAGGGGUGAUAUUCUGCCUGUCCUGUCCAGGAAGGAGCUCCGGGCGACCGGAGAGCGUCUCCUCGCCCGGCCCAAACGGCCCGGUGCUGAAAAGCGAGGAGCAGAACAGGCGGGAGGCGAAAGUGGAGAACAAGGAACCCAAAAAGAAGAAAAACAAAAGCGUCCAGCUGCAGACG